UUAGAGUCAGGAGAACAGGGUUAGGGUCAGGAGAACAGGGUUAGGGUCAGGAGAACAGGGUUAGGGUCAGGAGAACAGGGUUAGGGUCAGGAGAACAGGGUUAGGAGAAUACAUUCUUCUUUUCUUUUUCCAUUAUAUUUGAUAGUACUCAUUUACUGUAACUCAUUUACUGUAAUUACUGUAAUCCCAUGUAGAUGAUGAGCGUUUAUGUAAAUAAUCAGCAGUUAGAUAGUUUCUGAAGGUGUUUGUGUAUGUGUGUAGGUGCUGAGUGCGUGUGUUUGUGAGGAGCAUGUCCUCUCGUGGCUGCAGUGUGAGCCCUGCCUGUUGCUGUGGCUCCCCACCCUGUACCGCCUGUCAGUCAGCGAGAACGUCACACACUCCGUACGCUGCCACACCUGCAAGGCCUACCCCAUCACUGGACUUAGGUAUCGCUGUAUGAAGUGUGUGAACCUUCAUCUGUGCCAAACCUGCUUCCUGACAGAGAGACACACAAAAAAACACAAGAGCUCCCACCCAGUGCUGGAGCACUGCACUCAGCCAUCCUGGAAAGAAUCCCUAGCCUCAUUAGCAUACAGCGCCCGCCACGCCUUAUUACCACGGCGAUACACACACAGGGAGGCAGAGAGGAGAAGGUGCCUAAUCAGGGCGGGGUCACGAGGGGAGCCGCAGACCAGCUUCACCACCCCUGACCCUUCACCUCAGUCAGCCGCUGAGGACAGAGCCCCUCCCACUAAUCCUCCCCAACUGCUGGCCACACCCCCAGCUGUUCGGCCCAGGAAGGCAUCUAAAGCCCUGCAAACUGAGAAAGAGCUGGAGGAAGCACAGCCACAGAGGAGAGACUCUGUCCUCAUUAAGGACAUCAAGGACCUGCAGAGGGACAAAUGGCUGCUGGAGAGGGAGCUGCAGGUGUGGAGGGUAACGGUUCAGUCGGAACAGGGCUCGCUGGAGUACCGCUGCUCUGAGAUGGAGGCCAACAUGGAGACUCUGAGACAACACAACCUCAGACUGCAGGACAUGAUGUCACAGGCUCUUAGCAUGUCAGGGACACAUGCUGACAUCAUGCCUCAUGCUAAUGUCAUCCCACAUGCUAAAUACAGGCCAAAGAGAGACAUAGCCUGUCAUGUAGAGUCCCAGAGCUCUGCAUCUUCCUCUGGAUCCAGAGAAAGAGAAGAGGAGGAGGAGGAGAGGGAAGAGGAGGGUGAAUGUUGUACAGCAAAGAUGCAGAGGAAUGAGAUGAAGACAGAAGAACAGAGAGGUGAUGAUGAAGAGGAGCAGACUGAGACUGACUCAGUCACAGAGACUCAUACUCCCACAAUUACCUCUAACCCACAGCCCUGUGAUGGGCAGGUCACUGGGCCAAUGAAAGACCAGAGUGUCUCUGAAGAGGAGUAUUCUGGGAUGUGUAGUUUAGCGGAGGAGGAGCGACUGUGUGAGCUGGUGCAACGACUAAUAAGUGAGCUGUCGCUACACACUUACACACAUACAGACUGCAGACGGGAGUUGGAGUUGUUGGAGGCUGCAGAGGAAGUGAGGGACUCGGUGUGUCAUCUCGUCUAUGCAGUGAACACACACUCCGUCCCAAACGAACACACUUCAUGCCCCAUCCUCCUACACAACCACAGGCCAGAAUAUGUAUCCAGAAGGCUUCUCUAGACUUUGUCGCCUGAUGAUGUGAGUUAUUGUGUACUUUCCUGAUAUUUGUAUGUAGCACAGUUGUACUGAAAUGAUUCUGCUCUUUCAUUAGAGAAACCUAUGACAAAAUGUUUUAAUUCAUGUACAUUAUUUAUUAAAUAAACAAGCUUUUGACAAAGUCCUUAUAAAUGUACAAAAAUAUCCUGAUUGUAAAAAAUAAAACUGAGAGCACAACAACCACCAUGUGAAAACAGACAGCUUGACAAACAUCCUGCUAACUAUUCUGCUGCUGGUUUCUGUGCAAAACAUGACCGUUUGAGAGAAGGAUGGGAAGCAGAGGGAGAGCCAAUCUCUCCUCCACUUCUCUACAUUCUCUCUCACCCCGUCUCUUCAGAGAGCCAGGGUACAUCUCAAUAGAUGCUCCUCGUCUCCUCUCCUUCAUCUGCACUGAGAGCAGGACAGGAGAAAGCAAUGUGGAAACAGUCAACGUU